GGCUGCGCUCCAUGCUAGGGUUCCUGUGGGGAAGAUGCUGGAUCGGACCGCCGGUUUCUCGUCAGGCUCCAAACUGUUCGUCGGAGGCCUGUCAUACGACACCAACGAAGUUGCUCUCAAGGACGCGUUCUCUCAGCACGGCGAUGUUAUCCAAGUCAAAGUGAUGUGCCAUCCCGUGACCGGGCAAUCAAAAGGGUACGGUUUCGUCAAGUUCUCCUCGGAAAAAGAAGCAGCUGCGGCAUUGGAGAAGAUGAGCGACGAGGUGCUCGAUGGGAAGAACAUACGGGUGCAUUUCGCAAACAGUGGAUGACCUGCUACUGCUGCUACAGAUGAGCAAGGUACUUAUCCGGUCUUUGUUUGUUGUGUUCAGAAUUUGUAAUGUUAGAUGGCGCCCUGGACAUGUACCUUUGUAUGAUCACCAGUACAUAUUUCAAGCUCAGUCUUACGACCAACGUCAAAUAGACCAGUCUUCUGAUUUUUUAGCUUGACAUUGCCUGUAUCAUUCUGAUUUUUGAUUACUGAAAACCAGAGGAACACCUGACUGGUUAGCUAUUUCUCUUCGACUAAGACAGGAAGUUAAUUCAUUGUUUUUCUAAUUUUAGGUCCACAUUAGCGCUGGUUUGGGAACAAUUUCUGCUCUCAUCUUAAAACUUGAAUAUGGCAAGUCCGAUGGAAACCAGCUAUCCAUCCAGAAGCGUAUUAUGUAUGUUGUGGCAAGCAUGGCAUGUUAUUUCCAUCCAGAAUGCCAAUGGGUCUGUAAACUAGAGCUUAUUUUUGGGAGUUUUAUUUUAAAGGCAGCUGUAAAAUUUGAGCUUAAUUUGGGAAAAUUUACCGACAUGAGAGUUGCAUUUCUUCAAACACACAUGAUUCACUACGGAACAUCUCAUAUUUAGCUCAAUGAGCCAGGCAUAUAGCACAAGGGAGCUGUUAAAGGAAUUCCUUAUUUAUCUGGACUACUUAUUUCAAGGCUUAAGAAUUUAUAUGAGCAGUAGCUCAACUAGUGUAGGCAUAACAUGUUAACUGGUCAGAACUCUGAAUUAAUUACUGGUUACCAGAGCUAGAUUUACCAGGCAUCUGUUUUAAUUCGAACACCCGAAGGACGGAUUCCAUGUUUCAUUUGGCAUGGAACACACAACUAUGAGGAACAAUAUCGUACAUUGGGUAUAUGACAUUAAUAGGUAAAUGAGGAAAUAACUGAGAGCAAUAUGCUUCUGGGCUCUGGCAGACACGAGACGAAAUUCGUUUCUAACAGGCUAUGGUGUUGUGUAACUGCACUGUUGUACUAGAGCUAUAUAUAUGGAUCAAACAAUCACUCAUAGAAAAAGUCCUCAAAUAAUUUAUAUUACAUUUUUUUUGUUAUCUCAAAAAGUAUAUCACUGUCAUUGAACAAGACAGGAUGUGCAGAGUGAGCCCCUGGCUGUGAGGACAUGACAACCGACGAUAUGUAUCUGGAAUGGAAAGCACAGUUCAAAAUGGAAAGGCAUUUCGUGUGAAGCUUCUGAGGGAAGCGCACAUCUGAACCUUCAUUCGAGGUUGCCUGCUCACUCUGGAAUUUAUGCUUUUCCUACAGCUAGCUGUCUCAUGUAAAUGCAUCAGGAAGAAAUGCCGUGCUGCUAGCUAGCCAUGUUCAAACCGAGAUUGUUUCAAGGCUAACCUUGCACCACCCACAUAUAUGUACAUAUAUGUUGGGCUGUAUAUGUGUGAAUCUGGCCCACAUGGCCCAUGUAAACCAGUAUAUGUAUUGUAUAGACUAGAGAGGAAGAGAGUUAUCCAGAAAUUUCCCAAACCCACCACACUUCAUGGUGUCAGAGCACAGGCGGGAGGCGAUGCUGGGUUCUGUAGGUCGCCGGCGGUGAAUCGGCAGCGUGGGGCGGAGCUCCGGGCACCCAGGGUGGUUGUUGGCGCGCGUGUGCUGCGCGGGGCACUGGAGGCGGGACCGGCGGCGGUAGAGGCGCGCCUGGAGAGGGCCGGCGGGCGCGGCUGCGUGCGAGCGCGCGGGCUGCCUGCGGAGCGCCUGGAGGGGAUUGGAGGCUACAGGCGGCACUGCUCUCUCCCGUGAAGAGGUGCGCGCGCGCGAAGUGCUCCUGGUGCCGCGGGUGCUACUGUGUGUGGCAGAGGGCAGAGGAAGGAGGCGGCUGCGCCAGGGGAGAGGCCAAGUACUGGCUGGUUUGCUGCUUGUGCGGCUGGCUUGCUGCUGCUGGAGAAAGACUGAGAACAGUCUGCAGUUGCUGCUGCUUGCUGUUGGUGCGGCAGAGGGUGCUCUUUGCACUGCUGCUGCUUGUGGCUGCUGUGUGCUGGAACUGCUGUUGUUUGCAGAGGAGAAGGAGGAAGAUGCUGUUGUUGCUGCUUGCAAGUGCUGCUGCUGACUCUGUUGCUGCUGGUGGUGUACUACAGUGGAGUUAGCAGAGAAGAGGAGGUAAGAGCUCCUGGAUUGAUUUGGUGCUGCUGUGUGAGGGGCUGCUAGAUAGCGUACUGAGGAAGAAGGAAAGUUCUUGCCUGCUGUGAUUGAGGCAAGACAUGGGAGAAAAUCAGGGACUCGAGAAGGCAAUUGAAAAAUUGGCUGAGCUCCUAACAGCCAAGGUAGGAGCUGCAGCAUCUCUAAAUAAUGCAAUUGUUCCUCACAUUGAGCCAAUUCAGAAAAUUGACUUGAUGCCAAAUGAAAUUAAGAUGGAAGGUGUUAAGAAUUAUUUGAGCUGGUCAAGAAGGGCGCUACUCAUCUUGAGGACUAAAGGGCUUGAGGGCUUUGUCAGUGGUGAGGCAGAGGAGCCGGGAGACAAGAAAACUUCAGAAUGGAGGACAUGGAGCAGUACCAACUCUUUGAUAGUGGCAUGGUUGUUGAACUCCUUGUCUCCAACCAUUGCCGCAACUGUUGAGACUAUCUCAACUGCUACUGAGGUAUGGAAAACCCUCUCAAAACUGUACUCAGGUGAAGGGAAUGUGAUGUUAAUAGCUGAAACAGAGGAGAGAGUUGGUGAACUCAGACAAGGGGAAAAUUCUGUGAUGGAGUAUGUUGCUGAACUGCAGCGUUUGUGGGCUGAUUUAGAUCACUAUGAUCCUCUGGAUUUGCCACAUGCAGAUUGCAUAGCAGCUGCUAGAAAAUGGAUUGAACGCAGACGAGUGAUGCAGUUUCUCAAAGGAUUGAACUCUGAAUUUGAGGCGAGACGUGCUACUUUAUUUCAUCAACCUACUCUACCUGCCUUAGAGGAUGCCAUAGCAGCAAUGGCACAGGAGGAGGUCCGAUUAAAGUUGAUGAAGAACAAUACAACGACUCCAUCUCAUCCAGCCUUCAUAGCAACCGACUAUAAGAGCAGAGAGUGCUUCAACUGCGGUGAGAAGGGUCAUUUGAUUCGUUCUUGCACGGCUCCACGUAGGAACAUGCGUGGAAGGGGGAGAGGAUAUAACCGAGGUGGAUUAAGGGGAGGCCGAGGCCGGGGAUACUCUGGUGGUCAAAGGGCAAAUGUGGCAGUCUCAGAAGAAGGAUCCUCACUCGCAACCCAAGAAGAAUCAAAGAAAAGAACAGAAAGCACAGGUGAUAAGGAUCAUGAGGAUUUUAGUUACGGCAACUUUGCUCACUUUGUAUCUACAGAUGAAGGAGAGGCAAACGGGGAAGAGGCUUGGGACUGGAACCAGGCGUAAUGGGCUAUGGUACAUGGAUCGCGGGGUGCCAAAUAAUGCGGUGUCUACGAUGUUAGCAACAAUGAUGGGAGAAAAGGAAACAAAGGUAAUGCUUCACCAUUGUAGAAUGGGACAUAUGUCUUUUGAGAAGAUGAGUAAAGUCUUUCCCGAUGUAAUGUGUGGGGUGGAUAAGAACAAGCUUGUGUGUGAUGCAUGUGAGUUUGCUAAACACACAAGGACAUCUUAUGUGAGUAAGGGUCUUAGGAGUAUUUCCCCUUUUAUGCUUGUUCACUCAGAUGUGUGGACAUGUCCUGUUAUCUCUCUAAGUGGAAUGAAGUACUUUGUUACAUUCA